AUGGAGCACAAUUCCGUUGAACCGAGUUGUCUCGUGCCAGAUUCUUUCACCGGCGAUUCGUUCGACGGAGAAAGUGAACAGUUGGACAAGUUACAAGAUCAUAGUUGCCUUGCUGACGAUGAAAUACUAAGAGUUGGGAUGCGGUUUGAGCAUUUGAAGUUGGCCCAGGAUUUUUAUGCGACCUAUGCAAAAAAAGUUGGUUUCAUAAGUAAGAUACGGGCCACAAAUCUUGACAGGAUGACAAAGCAACCGAUCAACCAAUCUAUCCAUUGCAAUCGGGAGGGUUUCCGGGGGUCUCCUGUCAAAGCACCCAUACGGAAGAACACAAUGGUAGGUGUGGGAUGCAGAGCAAGAAUAUAUGCAAAGUUCGACAGGAAAAAGCAUGAUUGGGUCUUGUUGAAGGUUGAACUAAAUCACUCGCACCCGUGUUCAACUAAGAAGGCAGUGCACUACCACGAGAACAGGGAGUUAACAAUGCAUGCGAAGUGUAUCAUUGAGGUUAAUGAUGAGGCGGGCAUUCGACCCAACAAGACCUUUCUAGCAUUAGCCAAUGAAGUUGGUGGGCCUUCGAACUUGGGCUUUUCAGAGAAGGACGUCAGGAAUUACAUUUCAUCAAGACUCCGAUCCACAAGUGUCAACGCAGAUGUCAAGGAGAUGUUGAACUACUUCAUGCAAAUGAAGGAGUUGAAUCCGAACUACUUUUACGCAGUGAAUAUAAAUGAGGAUAACAAGUUUACGAGUGCAGUUUGGGUGGAUGCAAGGCAUGGAUUGCCGUUUGCUGCUUUCAUUGGUGUGAACCACCAUGGUAAGUCUACUUUGUUAGGCUGCGCUCUGCUAGGCAGUGAGGAGAUCCCGAGUUUUGAGUGGGUGUUCACACAAUGGCUGGAGUGCAUGGGAACGGCACCGAAGGGCAUCAUCACAGACCAAUGUAAGUCUAUGUUUGGUGCAAUUAAGAAGGUCAUGCCCAAUACACGACACCAGUGGUGCAUAUGGCAUAUAACAAAAAAGAUACACAACAAGCUUGGAGGUUAUUCUAGGUUCAAAGAGUUGAAUGCUGAGUUGAAUCACAUUAUAUGGAACUCUAAGUCGGUUGAGGAUUUCGAGGAUCAUUGGGCUGAGUUCAUUGAUGACUUCAACUUACAUCACAACAGAUGGCUAUCAGAUCUAUUUGAGGACCGACACAUGUGGGUGCCUAUCUUUUUCAAGGGUCAAUUCUGGGCUCCCAUGAGGAGUAUGCAGAGGAGUGAGGGGAUGCAUUCAUUCUUUGGUGGAUACUUAAAUUGUAAGACUAGUUUGGUCCAGUUUGUCCACGAGUUUGACAAUGUCCUAGGAACGAAGGAGCAGAAGGAAUUGGAGGACGAUGCUGCAUACUCUAGAGGUCUAAUCCCAUGUUCAACUAGAUCAGUCAUCGAGAGACGAUUUCAAAAAGAGUAUACUAACGAGAUGUUUAGGGAUGUCCAAACGGAGUUUGGCAAGAAGGCUGAUUGCACUAUUCGUGCCGUGGAUGAACAGGUACUUUCAUCUUACAAAGUUAAUGAGGUUCCUUCCUGCUAUGUUUUACCUCGUUGGAGAAAGAACAUAAAGCGCAAGCACACCUACAUUAAGAGUAGCCACGAUGUUAGACGUUCAGAUGAAAGCCACAACAUAUUCAGAGGGUUGUGUGCACAUUUCUACAACGUUGCGCAGGAAUUCGUGGAUUGUGAUGAUGAGGCAGACAUGCUGUAUAAUGUUCUAGAUGAUGCAAGGGCCAAGCUAGUAGAUUACCAUGGCAGGAUGCGAAAUAACAUCGUCCCUACUGCACACAAUAGCAUCGCCACAGACCCUUCAACCGUUUUCGGCACAGAGGACAUUCAGGAUAAUUGUGUAGAAUCUACUGCAAAUCAAGAUUCGGAGGCUUCCGCUCAGCAGAUUGCUAUGCAAGGACUUGGUGGAUUCAUGUCGCUGUUAAACUCCUUCGACAAUACCUAG